AUGCCAGCAUCACCAGGCGACCCCGAAGAAAGGGAUGCAUUCUCCUGGAGCCACGAGCAGGGGCCUGUGGUGAGCGCCUCGCCCGGUACCUCGUCCACCGCUUCCUCGUCCAGCUACUCGAAGGACGGUACUGAAGAUGAGCCUGGAUCAUUUUCUCUUGCUCUCGUCAUGGCAGAGAAUAGGAGACAACGUGAUGCACACCAGGCACAUCAACAAGCCAAUGGUGGGCUCAUGUAUUUCGAGUGGCUGAACCGCAAUCCUGCCUUGCCUGUCCGCCAACAGCAUGGCAUCAUGCGACUGAUCGUUGUGCGUGUGUGGGCUGUGCUGGUGAGAGCCAAGCAGAAGUUCAUCGACAUUGUCACAUCUCUCCAAGCCUUACAUCGCCAUCUCCGCUGCCCCAUGAUCUCGCCCAUCGGUAAUGAAGACUUGCAACAAGCACAAGAUGAUGCAGAAGUCGAAGCUAGAUGA